AUGGAACAUCAAUCUGCUACAAAGAAAGGAAAGACAUUAAUAUCCUCUUUCUUUAAAAAGAGAGAUCGUGAAACUAGUGAAAGCACUUCAAUUCCUACUACAAUGGAACAUCAAUUUAGUGAGAAUCUUCUCAUUCCUAGUGUUCAAAUCCCUUCUAUUUCUUCUCCUAAUGAAGAUUAUCAGUCAUCCUCUACUUGUAUUGUACGAGAUCCGGGGGAAAGAAAACAAAUAUGUGAAUAUCAUGUUAAUGUACGAGAUGAGAUAAGACGUUCAUAUCUAAAGAUGGGGCCUUAUCAACCAGAUAUGUUGGAGUAUCCGGCUACAAAAUUUGGAAGUCAAAAUCGUCGAUUUCAGAAAAAAUGGUUCCAGAAAUUUCAUUGGUUGGAAUAUUCGCCUUUAACAAAUAAGACAUAUUGUUUUUAUUGUUUUCUUUUUCUGAAUGAUAUUAAUUCAUCUAAUAUCUCAGCACUGGUCAAUGAAGGAUUUGACAAUUGGAAAAGAGUAAAUCAAGGAAAAACAUGUGCAUUUCUUGCUCAUAUUGGUUCUGUGGCUUCUUCGCCUCAUACUAUGUGUGAGAGAAUGGCUGAAAAUUUGAUGAGACCCUCUCAACAUAUCGAUAAUGUGAUUCAUGUUCAAGCUAAAGAGGAAAAGGAGAAAAAUCGUUUGCGUUUGAGGACCUCAAUUGUCACAGUUCGCUGGCUAGCACUUCAAGGUUGUGCCUUUAGAGGCAACGAUGAAUCUCUAUCUUCAUCUAAUCGUGGAAAUUUUCUUGAAUUGGUGAAGGCUUUUGCAAAAAUGAGUACAGAAAUUAAUGAAGUUGUACUAGAAAAUGCUCCAAAAAAUGCUCAAUAUAUUGCUCCAGAUAUUCAGAAAGAGAUUUUACAUAUUAUGACCAAUAGAAUACGACAGAUGAUUCGUAAAGAAGUUGGAGAUAAAAUCUUUUGUAUUCUUGUUGAUGAAGCAUAA